GUGGUUUGCUCGCGUCGUGGGCCGGACGUAGUGGACAGUGUGCAAAUUGUGUGUUUUCUGGAAAAAGUCUUGGUGAAAAAUUUUCGAAAUGACGUAUGACAUUCCCAACGUGGAGUUACUAAAUCCAAAGGAGGGGGGAGAUAUUACAUACAUGGACAUGGUGGAAGAGAAGGAAUCCAUGGGAGAGUCUCAGAUCCAGAAAAUGUUCGCAGGAUCUUCUGUCUUCUUGACUGGAGGCACAGGAUUUCUUGGAAAGCUGCUUUCGGAGAAAUUGUUGAGAUCAUGUCCAGAUAUCAAGAAGCUGUACAUGCUAGCACGACCAAAGAAGAACAAGGACACCACCAAAAGAAUACAGGAACAAUUUGAUGACGUGCUCUACGACAAACUAAGGAAAGAGAGGCCCAACUUCAUUCAGAAGAUCGUGGUGGUAGAAGGAGACGUGGGUCAAAUUGGCCUCGGCAUGAACGAGCAGGAUAGGCUCAAAGUUAUGAACGAUGUGGAAUUUAUCUUCCAUGGAGCAGCGACCGUCAGGUUCGACGAGCCCUUGAAGACGGCUGUGGAAAUCAACGUCAGGGGCACCAGGGAGAUCUUCCAGCUGGCCAGAGCGUGUGGCAAGCUGAAGGCAGUUGUCCACAUUUCUACUGCUUACAGUAACUGCGCCCUCAACACGAUAGACGAGAAGUUUUACACCAGCAUCAUGCCUGGAGACAAGCUCAUCGACCUGGUCGAGACCAUGGAUGAGAAAAUCAUCAACAACAUCACUCCAGGGUUACUUGGUGACUUCCCAAACACGUACGCGUACACCAAAUCAGUGGCAGAAAAUAUAAUCAUGGAAUACUCCAAGGGACUGCCCGUAGCAGUCUUCAGACCCGCUAUUGUUAUUGCAACAGUGAAAGAACCUGUGACUGGGUGGAUCGACAACGUCUACGGACCUACUGGUGUGGUAGUCGGAGCAGCCAUAGGCCUCCUCCACGCGCUCCACUGCGAUCCCAAAGCGAUCGCCGACUUGGUUCCAGGGGACAUGGUGGUGAACGCCUGUAUUGCCACCGCCUGGAAGACGGCUAAGGAGUACCCUGGGAACCAUGAAGACGCGCCGCCACAGGAUCUCCCGCCGCCUGUGUAUAACUACGUAUCGUCUGAACAGAAUCCACUGACAUGGGAGAAGUUCAUGUCGUACACAGAAACGAACGGUCUCGACGUGCCUCCGAGUCAAGCGGUGUACUACUACCUGUUCAGGCUGACUGCUUCAAGGUGGCUCUACACGAUGUACUGCUUCUUUCUGCAUUGGCUACCAGCGUACAUCAUCGACGGAAUCGCUAUGCUUAUUGGGAAGAAGCCUAUGUUAAGAAAAGCCUACACGAAAAUAUCGAAAUUCUCCGAAGUGCUCGCUUACUUCGCGCUAAAACAGUGGAAAUUCUACAAUCGAAACACCCAAAACCUGUUCAGCGAGCUAUGCGACGCAGACAAACGCCUUUUCGACUUCGAUAUGUCGAAUUUGAACUGGAACGAUUAUUUCUACAGCUACGUCAGAGGUAUCAGGGUGUAUCUCCUAAAAGAUCCUCUGGACACUGUUCCCAAAAGUGUCACGAAACAUACUAGGCUACGUUACUUGCAUUAUACCUUCUGCUGUCUUUUAUCAUUAGGAGUUUUAAGAUUGUUAUGGGGGGUUUUAGGUUAUAUGUUCAGUUUAGUUCUCUAAUUUAGUCAUAAGUUUUAAGGUAAUGUUUGAAGACUUCUAUUGAAUCAGUUUUAGGGUCUGUUGUAUUUAAAUUCAAUUGAUAUUUUUUGUUAAUUGUAAUAAACAGUGUGUACAGGGCUAAAUAUGUACUUUAUUGUGUAUAAAUUUUUGCUAUAGAGCUACAAUUUGUAAUCCCAAACUUUCUAAUGCAGUUUUUUUCUGCCUGAACUAAAAGAUAGAUAUUUAUGUUAAAUAUUCAAGAACUCCUUAAAGCCCUGUGGGGGCAAUUCUUUGAAGUUUGAGAACCAGAGACCACAAUUUUUUCAAGAAAUGACAACUUUUCACGUUGGACUUUGAACUUUAUAAUCAUUAUUACAAGAUUUAAAUUAAUAUAAUUUUGCAAUCGAUGUAAAUAAGUCUGUACCCAUACGUCACUUGUUUUUAAAACUGUGCUUUCUUUUAUAAAAGAGGCUCAAUAUUAUUUUUUUAAUCUUUGUAUUUAGUUUAUUUGAACUUUAGUUCGACUUUGUACUAUAAUACAAAGUACUAUAGUCUGGUCUGUGAGCAUGUAGAAUUUUGUCCCAUGACCCCAAGCUACGCAUCCUUAUCGCUCGCGCGUAAUUAUGUUGCUAUCGGGCUCGCACACUAACUGCGGCCGCUCGUCGCAGGGUCAAUUCUACGUGCUCACAUACCGGGCUUUAGACUUUAGUACUUACUUAUUCGAUAAGGUUGUAGUACUUUUGUUGGUAUGAACAAUUUUAUUACAAAAUAACUGUUUUAGACAUACUUUAUUUUCAAUCUUAUUUAUAUUUUUUUAACUUUCUAAGGUGACUCAUGUUUGUACAUGCUUUAAUAUUUAAGUAAUUGUAUUUUAAAACAUUAUUGUGUGAAUUUAUUUUAUUAAAUAAAACAAUUUUCGAUCCUAGCGCCACUAAUUUUAAGUCAUUGACACUUUGAGUGUAGCUAGUACAUAGUACCUAAUAAUAUACGUUGUACCUAUUUAUGUGCAAUAAAUGAAUACUAUUAAUAAAAUAAAUAGUUUCCCAAAACUCAUACUAGUGGCGCUAGCGUAGGUUUUAUAGGUGAUUGGAAUUUUUUAUUAAACCAAUAUGUGAUAAAUAAUAAAGGAUUUGCUCAGUUGUAUUAGUAAUAAUUUAGAUGCCAUUUUAUAAUUAUUUUUAAUUUAUGAUACAUUAAUAAAAAUGUGUAUUGCA